UGGGCCGAGUUGAACAUGGACUGGGCUCAGCGGUUGUAUGCGGCGGCCGACGGGGAGGCCGAGGCGGACAGAGCCGUGUCCAGAGCGCUGGAAGAGGCGGCGGAUAUCGAGGCACGGAAGCUGGGCAUGAGCUUCGAGGAGAGCAGUGACAACGACGAUGGAUCCGUGGCGAGCGGAUCCGAACUGGGCAUGGACGAGGCGCUGUCGGUGGCUGCGGCGCGCCAGUUGUUCGCCUCUGGCCGCGGGUGGAAGACGACCCGCGCGCUGGCUGUCCGGACAGGCAGCGAGUCUAUCCGCGAGACUGUUGUCCGCAGAGUUGCGGGCUUUCCGUUUGUAGUCGACGAUCUGCUGCUCCGUGCGCUAAAUGGUGUCCGCGGAGCCGUCGUCGUCCCCGGCAUGGGCCGGGCGUCGUUUGUCCACUUUUGGGACUCGGACCGGCUCGUGGGCCUCAGCGUGUGUCUCUUCUGGUACGUCUUUGUGGCCUACUUUCAGCUCAUGAGCUACCGCUCGCAGCAUCCAGCACAUGAGGCCGACAAAGUGACCCAUGAACAUCCGCUGAUGAAGGCUCUGGCAAAGAACGCCGGCGCCGCGUGGGUCCGCUUCAUGAGCGACGCCAUCGAGAUCCGCCCGGCCACCGUGUCGGGAAACCGCGGCUUGUCGUCGCUCUUCCGCUCCUCAUUCCUCCGCUACGGACCGUACGUGCUCGCCGAGGCCGUCUUUCUUUCGUUUGCACCUGCUUUUGGCGGCGAGACGACGCCCUCGGUCGUCUUCGAUGCCCGUCUCCGCAACGUCACCUGGCGGCUCAUUCCCGAGCUUCUGAUGGGCGUCCGCAUCACCCGUCCUCUUGUCUCUGAGAUGCAAGUCAAGCUCUUCCCGCACUCGCAUGCCAAAGCGCCGGCGUCACUGGCUCGGACAGUCUCGCACUCGCGGUCACAGACCCGCUCGCCUCGGCUCGCCGCCGAGCUCAAGUCAGCCCCGAGCUCGCCGCGGCUCAUGGCUUGCGCCACGGGUCCACUCGAGCCCAAACCUGUCGCCGACAACCGCAAAGUGCCGGCCAGCAUCGUCCGCACCGCGCACUCACUCGCGGCCUUUAUCGCGCUCGGAUGCGCGACCGUCGUCGCUGCCCAAGCGGCCCGUGGUCGCAACUCUGCUCCCCGCUCUGUCUCGCGCGCAAAGCAUGGGCAAGACCGCGGGCCGCGGCAACUAGCCGGGACUCGUCCGUCCAAGACUGGCGCGCCCAAGGCCUCGACAUGGGAGACACUCUGGGCGCUGCACCCCGCGUCGUCAGACGACUCGUCGUGGGCUGAUGCCUCUAGUAACGAGACUGUCUCGCACUCGGGCUCAAUGUCGCCGUCUCCGCCGUGGACGCCUGUCAAUGGUGCCUUUCCGGACGACGCCAUCUCGACAGCCUCGACUGAAGCCUCUGACAACGAUGGCAAGCCGUGGCACGACCCAGAGCUUCUGGGCGCGGGCAACCGCCCGACGGUGCUGGACGAGCUGGGUUUUGACUACAAGGGCGUGAUGGACAAGAUGCAUGAGAUGUAUGGGCGAGCCGCCAACGAGCUUGCCCACGGCGAGGCCAUGCUAGAGGUGGCGCGGCUGGCAUCAUCGACUGAGUUGCAGCCGUCGCCACAAGCGCAUCCGCCUUCGCCUCCGAGCACCACACGGACGUUUCUGACGGGCACACCCGGGCGUACGCCGCGACGCACGACUGCACUUGCGUCGCAGCGGUCGACUGUCGCAUUGGUGACACAGAUGGAGAGCCACUCGACCCUGUUCUCAGCGCCGACCAUCAGUAUGGCGAUGUCACCAUCAACCGCCUCGGCUGGCGGCCUUACAUCGCGGUCAGGCUGGUCCGACGCACUUGACGAAACAACCGCAGUAAGCUCUUUAGGCGAGGCCGUGGGUGGUGCGAGGCCGUCAACAGCCGGUCUAGUUCCGCGCGGAGUCAUUAUGGGACCUUCGGGCGUCCAAUAUGUCAUCGGCGAUGAGGAAGCUCUCCUACUCGACGAGAUGGGCGUUCACCGUGGAAUUGACGAUCUCACCAACGCCUCGCUGGCCUCCGGCAUCGAGCGAACGCCGCUCCCGCGCCACCGCAUGCGUGACCUGGCGCGAGUGAGCCAGCCGAGCCGCGAGCAGCGGCUCGAGUUCCCAGCAUACAAGGUGACGCCUGGCAUGGAGACGGCGGCCGAGGCCGUGGGUGAGGUUUUUCUUCCCGGUCGGCGGACGCCUCUCAUCCGAAGGACCAUCGAGGCCGAGCCUGUUGUGCUCGACCCGUUUGCGGUCCGUGGACACGGCGCAGCGGUCCGGUUCUCGGUCGAGCUUGCGUCGCGGUCGGCGACGCUCGACGCCGGCUACUACUCCAAACAGGUCGACGAGCUAUCACUGCGGUACGAUGCGGCCGCGGAGGCGUUUGCGGCGGCAGACUCUGCCGCCGAUCGGUCGCUUCUGCACCUUCGGGUGGCGUCGUCGCAGCACCUGGCGCUAGCUGAAGCCGAGGCUGAGGCGGUGCUGAGUGAGAAAAACGCCCGCAAGCGUGAGGCUGCGCUUGCAGAGGCCGCCUCGCUUUCACGUGCGACACGGGUCUCGCGCGCUGUCGUCGCCGCCGAGCACGACCAGCUGGUCAAAGAGCUUGCCGUGGCCAGCGGCGUUGGCGACAACAGCGAGCCAUCUGACGGCGGGCGCGGCCUGAGACAACAACGUGCAACCCGCGCGUCACUCCGUGCUCUCCGCAGCCGUCUUGCUCUCGAACGCGUCGCCGCCGUCGACGAUGCCGUCCGCACCUCGGACAACCCGCUCGGCGUCGUGGUCGGUGAGAUCGACACCACCGUCGACCUCCUUGUCGGCUCCAUGGCGACCGAGGUUGAGCGCGCCACUACUAUCAAGUCCAAAGCCGAAGCCUUUGCUCGUACCACUCGCCCCGCCUCGGUUCCCGAAGGCGUCGCCGAACGGGUCUACGUGUAGUAGGCGCCCUCGGACGACAGCUUCCACGCCGGCUCUGUCCAUGAUCAACAUGACGCACUCCCGCACCACUACAUCGCAGUCCAAUCAUAGUCCAACCUAACCCAGCGUGGAUGGCGCUGCAUUACAAAUGCAACCGCUUUGACUAAUGGACCCCCCGCCGACGCCGUCGUCGACUGGCCGCGGCAGCCACCGGCAUCCAGUUACUG